GUUGCUUUCUAUUUUUAGAUUUCUUUUAGGUUCCAUUAUCAGAACUGAGGCUUUCCCCAUUGCACUCCAUUUCAAUCAUCAAACAAGAAUCCCAAAAUGGGAGGAACAGGAAGAGCUCUGCUAAACCUCUCUCUCACUUCAUCCACUUGUUCUUCACUUCGUUUCUCUCUCUUCUCUUCGCAUUUCCUCUUAACCAAAAAACCUCUUUAUCCACUCCUUCCUAAACCCCAUAGUAGGGUUUAUCUAGGGUUUAGACCCCUUUGUUCUACAACAACUGAAGAAGCACUUCAACCCCUUAAACAUUCAAUUCUUUUAGAAAGACUUAGAGUUAGACAUCUUAAAGAAUCCCCAAACCCCACUUUAGAACCCAAGAAACAAGCAUUUAAGGUUGUGGUUGAUGAUGAUGGGGUUACUAAAAAGGGUAAGAAAAAGGUGGUGGCGUCGAGUUUUGAGGAGUUGGGUUUGAGUGAAGAGGUUAUGGGGGCAUUAGGUGAAAUGGGUAUUACUGAACCAACUGAGAUUCAGAGUAUUGGUAUACCUGCUGUCAUUGAAGGGAAAAGUGUGGUUUUGGGUUCACAUACGGGUUCCGGGAAGACUCUUGCUUACAUGUUGCCUAUUGUUCAGUUGUUGAGACGAGACGAGGAAUUGGAUGGUAUGCUCAUGAAGCCUAGGCGCCCCCGAGCUGUUGUGUUGUGCCCUACUAGGGAGCUCUGUGAGCAGGUUUUUCGUGUGGCAAAAUCUAUCAGUCAUCAUGCUCGAUUCAGAUCUACCAUGGUUAGUGGUGGCGGCCGUUUGAGACCUCAAGAAGAUUCUUUGGCAAGCCCAAUUGACAUGAUUGUGGGGACUCCAGGGAGGCUUCUACAACAUAUUGAAGAGGGAAACAUGGUUUAUGGUGACAUCAGAUACUUGGUCUUGGAUGAGGCUGAUACCAUGUUUGAUCGUGGUUUUGGUCCCGAUAUACGAAAAUUUCUUGCACCAUUGAAAAACCGUGCUUCGAAGACUGGUGAUGAAGGAUUUCAAACUGUGUUGGUGACGGCAACAAUGACAAAGGCAGUUCAAAAGCUGGUUGACGAGGAAUUUCAAGGGAUUGAGCAUUUACGUACGUCUUCAUUACAUAAGAAAAUUGCUAAUGCUCGUCAUGACUUCAUCAAGCUGUCAGGUUCUGAGAACAAGAUGGAGGCGUUGCUUCAGGUUCUUGAGCCAAGUUUAGCAAAGGGAAAUAGAGUGAUGGUAUUCUGUAACACGUUGAAUUCCAGUCGUGCUGUGGAUCACUUUCUUAAUGAAACCCAAAUUUCUACUGUUAACUACCAUGGGGAAGUUCCAGCAGAGCAAAGAGUUGAAAACCUUGCAAAGUUUAAGAGCGACGAAGGAGAUUGUCCCACUUUAGUCUGCACAGACUUGGCUGCUAGAGGACUGGACUUGGAUGUUGAUCAUGUUAUCAUGUUUGAUUUCCCCAAGAAUUCUGUUGAUUAUCUUCAUCGCACUGGAAGGACUGCUCGUAUGGGUGCCAAAGGGAAAGUAACAAGUUUGGUUGCCAAAAGGGACUUGCUUUUGGCCAAUUGCAUCGAGGAAGCCAUAAAGAAGAAUGAGAGCUUGGAGUCUCUCUCAGUAGACGGUAUCAAAAGAGACAAUGCCAGGUCUCGCAUAACUGAACAGAAGGACAAGCGCGAAAAGUUAGUGAAAGUUUCAAAUUCAAAAGGCAAAGCUACUAAAGCUGCCACAGGCAAAUCCUCGAGUGUUACCAGAAAGACUAUCGAUCCAAAAAAAUCUCCAGGAGCCAAGUUUGGCAAAGGACCAGCUAAAUCAAAACCUAAGAUAGCUAUUAAGGUGUCCAAGAAGACCGGCAGUUCCACUGGGAAGAGACAAGUAGAUAGCCGAAGCUCUAGUAGAUCCACGUCGAAACUAAAUGUUGUCGGAUUCAGGGGCAGGAGUUCAGUAUCGAGUAAAAAUGGAAGGGUUAAGGCUGCUUAACACGCUUAGGGCUCGAUCAUGUAUACUAAAUUUUGUUUCCUUUCUUUCUUGUAAAAUUUUCGGUAAGUUAUUUUUAUUUUUCUGUCAUCAAAUUGUGCAAUGCCAAGAGCCAUUCUUCAUGACAUGUCAUUGUUGAUCUCUUUCUGUCACCA